GACGCAGUCGUCUUCCGAGAAUCCAUGGAAACCUGGUGAUGGACAGCAGGCGUACCACAAUUCCAGGCGUUUUGGAAUCGUUUUCAGAGUGGUGCUUUCCCCCCUCCGCCCUUACUGGGUCCAAAUGGACAUCCUCUACCGCCUCCAAUGCUGCCACCUGGACUGAAUGCAUCCACAUCCACUUCAUCCAAAGGCAAAUCGCAGAGCGAGCUACCGCCACAGCAGCCUAUACAUAUCCAUCGGGAACCUAUAGAUAGAGUCGUUGAAAUGCAAGAAGCCGACAAAGAGGAGGGAGAAUUGAGCGAAAGCGAUAGUCUCCCGUACGUGCCGCAGCUCUCAGAGGCGCAACCUCGCUCUACUCCGCAAACCUUACAACAUAGAAAUAUGAAACUGGAAUCGAGCUUGAAUUCAUCUAAGCCUCUGGCCGAUACGAAAGCCAUACCACUAAAGGAGCGCAUGGAUAAAGAGAGAGCGAAGCGUUUUCUUGUUGAUCUCUCUCGGCAUCAUUAUGGACUAAGUGAUCUUACUCGAGAAGGUUUGAAUCAAGCGAUCCUGGUAGAACAUUGGCAAGAAGCUGGUUUACCUCUACCUUCUACAACGGCAACUGGUCCUCCAAAGAACAGUGACGACCCCAAAGGUAUCAGAUCCACGUCUAAUUUCACGACCGCGAGCCGCGUAUUAGCAGAUCAUGUACCGACUGUAUUCCCAUCGCCUCAGGUGCAGCUUCCCAGUCCUACUCGGAUAGACUCGCAGAAUAAAACUGGUAGUCAUGCGGUUGACCGAACUGCCGUCAGCAAAGACUCGGAUCCAGUCCGCGGUGCAGAUCGUACUGCCUACAUUGCUCGUCUCAUGGCCGCACGGUCGGGAAAGGUCAACGGUGCUGCUAAAGUCGAGAAGUCAUCUGCGAAGCCCACGAUUGUGGAAACUAAACCUGUAGAGAACAAGGCUGUUGACCCAGCAGUGGACGCAAAGUCCAUAGGACAGACCAAUGAAUUACAUUCAAAGUUGUCCCAAACGAUUGGCACUCCUAUGGCGAGGACAGUCACACCCGAUCCCUUGCUAAGUAUUUCCGAGGCUGAAAAGAAGAAGCGACAACAAAAUGAAUUGAUCAGAAAAAAGAUGGCUAUGCUACAGGCCUCAAAAGCUGCAAAGUCAACUCCUUCAUCAUCUGCAACCACUGAUUUAGAUCAAAAAGUGACGACUGGAGCUGGCGAAGCGUUGCCUCAAAGAUCAGAAUCGCCGUUGUACGGCGAUGAAAUCGAAACUGCCGAACACCUAGUCGACAAAGCGUUAUCAUCGCCGCACCAACAUGGCGAAAACAGCCACAAGACUCAUGAGGAAAUUGAAUUUUCAGCCCAACAGAGACACGCAGUGGAAUCUCAAGCUGCUACCACCUCUAGUCUCCCUCCAGCACGUGACAAGAUUACUAUCGGAGGUAGUCGCAAGAAGCGUCCUGUAGCCUCAGACUUUGACAGCGUUGCCCCGCCAUCAGCAUCAACUUCCAAACGCCCUUUUGGCCAGCCACGAUGCUCACAGGGCGAAGAAGCAAUGAUCAUCGAGGUCAGCGAUGAUGAAAGUACUGCCAGCGAUAUGGAUAUUGAAGACGAUGAUGACGGAAGGACAUCACAUAGCAUGAGUCAGAGACAGCACACGAAGUCGUUUCGCAAUAUGCCAGCGCUGACAAGCUUCCCACACAAGACAAACCACACUGCAUCGACUCCAAGCCUCACACCGUCGGGACUGAACACGCCACCCGCUAUUGUAGCAUCUGGAGUCAAUCAAGGGAAAAGAUAUGUUGAUCUCACGGAACAUGAGAAGGAGAUUGAAACCCUCCGAAGAAAAAUAGCAGAGGCCGAGUACAGGAAGCGAGCCAAGAAACCACCACCCUCUCAAGUGUCAGAAAGCGUUGGACAAGCUACGAACCAUACUUCAGAAAGCAUACGCUCUAGAACACGAGACAAUGUGACCGAAGAACUUCAACUGUCCAAUUUUGCGUCGCCGAAUCUGAGUGAUUCGGAAUGGAAGCGACGGAGACGCAUUGAAAUACAGUCAGGCCUCGAGCUUCAACAAAGCAGCGUGGCUCGGAACAUGGCGCGACUAGAUGAGCUCAAACGUGAGAUGGAACGCCUGGAAGCAGAGAACCAUAUGCAGCUCCUAGAGAAGGAGAAGUUGGUGAACGAACUCGAAAGCCUUGGAAUCGAUACUGACGGCAUGCCACUCGAGGUCUUACAGGCCACCAAGGAUGAGAUUGACCAACAACGAGAAGGUAUACUUUCCGUAGAAGACGCUGAAUCCGAGGUCUCUACGGGAGAUUCUGGCACCCGGCGCAAUUCAGACCAAAAUCACGGCGCACUCGGUCACGAAAGCAGUCGCGGUGAUGACGAUAAUGAAGACAAUGAUGAUCUUUAUGACGAAGACGAAGUCCCGACAGGUUUGGUUGAGGAACCGAAAGAGGUUGACGCUAUGUCUAUAUCUAGCGAUGAAAUUGAUGAAGCAGCGUCUGCAGACGAGCUCGACACUACUCAAUCCGACCAAGAUGACCUCUAUGAAAGCCCUACCCAUUUGGUCGCGCUGGAGGAAGUAGAACCAGAUAGUGAUGAAAGCCGAGAAGACGGGCAAGAAGAGAAAAGUGGCGCAGACAUGACUGGGGAUCUAGGCGAUGACACUAGGAUGGCCAUGGUAUCGGACGACGAAGGUGAGCCGGAGCAAGAACAUGAAAAUGGUUCUGAUUACGACGAUUCUGCGACAAAAUCUGCACGACUUCAGAUCGAUAAUCUAGCUAUCGACUUGACCAACUCUGAGGUAUCUGUCAAGGAUGACGAUGACGACGAUUUUUAUUCUCCAGAUCCCCCUCCCGAGGCCAUGCCGGAAGGUAAGCAGGACGAGACCACGGCCGAGGAACCAUCGGACGACUACUUGAGAGAGCUAUCUCCGUAUUCACAAGAGGAGAAGUCGGACGAGAACGAUUCCAUGGCUUUGUCCAACGACCCGGACGCGCUGCCAGGAGCUGAGCACAACCCCAGUUCAGCAAGUGAAAACCGCGAUAGUGCUCGUGAAGAAGAUGAUGACGAGUAUGAACCAGGCCACAUCGACAUUGCCGACCCAAUUGAGGGAGACUACGAGCCUGGCAACAUUGUUAUUCCCGACCCAGAGGGGGACGAUUAUGAACCUGGUGACCACGAGAUGUCCGAGGCGGUCGCAGAAAGACCCGACUCGUCAGACGAAUAUUUAACACAGUCGCCGCCCUUACCUGAUGAUCUCGCUGAGAACCCUGCAUACUCGUCUUCGUCGUCUUCGUCUUCUAGUGACGUAUCUCUGGCUGAGUUGAAAGAUUCAAAUCAGGGAAAUACUGAUAUUUUAGCUCCUAAAGAAAAGUCAAAUCAUGAGGAUCUUGCUGGAACGUGUGAGCCAGACAGUAACAAUGCCCCUGUACAAGUCACAGCUCCCACAGUUGCUAAGCAUUACCAACCCUAUGAGAGUCCACUCCGUUUGUUCAAAGCGUAUCGAUAUCACCCCCAUUUUUCUCGUAAGGUGAGGGGUGGCGUUCGCUCUUUGACCUACAGUCAUGAUAUAGAUCCCCAGAAUCCUAUCUGCCCCUUCGAGGCAUCAGGGGGGGCAUGCAACGACGGCGGUUGCAGCUUCCAGCAUUUCAAGAAGAUGGGACUGACUGACAAUCUCAUUCUUCUGCAACUUGGCACCACAAAUCCAGGUCGCACUGACGAAGAGCAGAGCGAGUGGAAAGAAGGUCUGAAAGGAGUCCUGAAAACCCUGAAACAGAGCAAGACCCACGAACUGAAUCUGAUCGUCAACGCCAUUGCCAAUUAUCGACGCGAUUUCCUAAAAGAUCCGACCAGGAUUCUCAACCUAUGAGUUUUCCAGGGUACUCCUAUAUCCUUGAUAAAACAAGGCCCAAUACCCUGAUCUUCUCCUGUCUUGAUUGACGUGAUAUAACACUCUUCUAGAUCUUCUGGCUUUUGUCAUCUUCUGCAAUGAU